UUUGUCACCGCCCAAUGCAACGCUCAUCAUCAUCACCUUCAUAAAAUGAACUCCAAACCUCAAUCUCGUCAUCAUCGGAUUUGCAUGGUUUCCGACUUUUUCUACCCGAACACGGGCGGCGUCGAAAACCACAUCUAUCAGCUCUCCCAGUGCUUGAUCCGACGCGGCCACAAGGUCGUUGUCAUCACGCACGCGUACGACGGGAUUGAGCCAAAGCACCAGCACCCAUCGUCUGAAUCUGAAUCCGAAUCCGUUCCACAGCAGCAGGACGCGUCGUCGUCGCCCACCGAGUCUGCUGCUGCUGCCACCACCCAAGCCAAGACAUCCCAGCCAGCAGGGUCGAUCGCAGGGACUCCCCGCGUUGGCGUGCGCGUCCUGAGCAUGGGGCUCAAGGUGUACUACCUGCCCAACAUUGUCUUUUACAACCAGUGCACUCUGCCGACCUUGUUCACGAAUCUGCCGUUGAUGCGGAACAUUUUCGUCCGAGAGCGCAUCUCGAUUGUGCAUGGCCAUGCUGCAUUCUCAACGCUAUGCCACGAUGCAAUUCUGCACGCGCGCACAAUGGGCAUUCCGGCCGUUUUCACGGAUCACUCCUUGUUUGGAUUUGCCGACGCGAGCUCCAUCCUGACAAACAAAUUCCUCAAGUUCUCACUGUCGGACGUGAGCCACGCGAUCUGCGUGUCGCACACGAGUCGCGAAAACACCGUCCUUCGGUCUGCAAUCGAGCCAGAGCGGGUGAGCGUCAUUCCAAACGCCGUCGACGCUUCCCUCUUCGUUCCAGACACGAGUCAGCGCGACCCUGCUUGGAUUACUAUCGUGGUGGUGUGCCGCUUGGUGUACCGCAAGGGUAUGGACUUGUUGGCAGCCAUCAUUCCAAGAGUCUGCGCAGCCCAUCCCAACGUUCGGUUUCUGAUUGGUGGCGAUGGCCCCAAGCGCCUCCUUCUCGAAGAGGUGCGCGAGCGCCACAAGCUGCACGAGCGCAUGUCGCUCAUUGGGCACGUUCCGCAUAACGGUGUUCGAGCCGUGCUCAAUCGCGGCGACAUUUUUCUCAACACGUCUCUGACCGAGGCAUUUUGCAUUGCGAUCGUGGAAGCGGCCAGCUGUGGUCUCUCGGUUGUGAGUACGCGGGUGGGUGGCGUGCCCGAGGUCUUUCCCGAGGACAUGAUGGUUUUAGCCGAGCCGACAGUCGACGAUCUUGUGCGGGCAGUCUGCGAGGCGAUUCCACGGAUCAAUGAUAUCAAUCCCGACCAACUACACCAGCGCGUCAAGAGCAUGUACAAUUGGAAUGAUGUCGCAGCGCGGACGGAAGUAGUUUACGACAACAUUUCCGGUGUCGAAGAGUCGCCUCUUGUGGAGCGCUUGCAUCAGUACUAUGGCUGCGGUCCCGUUUCUGGCAAACUCUUUGUCAUGUUUGUCUUGAUUAACACGCUCUUCUACUACUUUCUCGAGUGGCUAUGCCCUCGCGCUGGCAUCGACAUUUGUCCCGACUUUGAUACGGCUCGCUACACUAAACUCGUACGCCAAGAGCGUGAUCGAGGCCUUUCUCAACGUCGAAAUCUCGAUAUUGUUUAGUUGUGCAGAUGGCUGUGUACAGUACAUUGUUAUUCUCA